AUGCAGGCAACCAACGACGUGGGGCAGCCGACACCCGACAAAGAUGAUGAGGAGGUGUUCUUUCGGGCUCUGCAGUUCUCAUGCAGCGCCGUCUUCCCCAUGGUCCUCAAGGUGGCCAUCGAUCUCGAGCUCCUCGAGAUCAUCGUCACGGCUGGCCCGGAAAAGGUAAUGAGCCCAGAGGAGAUUGCCGCUCGGCUGCCCACCCACAACCCGCAGGCACCCAUCUGGGUCGAUCGGAUUCUCCGCUUGCUCUCGACCAACAGCAUCGUCGGCUGCACCGUCGAGUCCGGCGCCGACGGCCGCCCCUCGCGGAAGUACGCCAUGACACCCAUCUCCAAGUUUUUCACCAAGAAUCACGAUCGUUCUGUUGUGAAAAUGUUUUUGCUACAUCAUGACAAAGUCUUCAUGGAUCUAUGGUAA